AUGUCCAGCUGCACCGAGCGGUCGCGUCACUCUGCUGCGCCAUGGCCGAGCUGCGCCUCGACGUCACUUAACUGCGACUCCAACAGAAAACAAAAACAGGAGUGUCGCCUUCAUUCACAAAUGCAGGUGAUCAUGGCCGACCUUGGCGUCAGACCGGGCGAUCAGGUGAUGCUGGUUUGGACUCAGCCUUCAGAUCCAGAAGCUUUGAAGAAACAUGCAGAAGAACUGGGAGCUGCUGUCGGAUCAAACGGAAAAACGUCGGUGGAGAACCUGGAGAGGCUGCUGAUAUCCUCUCAUCCAGCCUCCUCCUUUGACUGGGUUCUUUCCUGCCUGCUGGCCGACAGUUCGUCCGUCCACAGCUCAGAGACUCUGGCAGAGAUCAUCAGAGUCCUCAGACCUGGAGGGAAGCUGGUUCUGGAGGAGCCGGUUACUGUUACAGAAGCUCAGACUGUUAGAACGGCUGAGAAGCUGAUGUCGACUCUGAAGUUGUCCGGAUUCAUGUCGGUGACAGAACUCAGUAAAACAGAACUCAGUCCUGAAGCCUUAAACUCCCUCCAGACCUCCACCGGUUACCAAGGAAACACUCUGACUAGAAUGCGCAUUUCAGCCUCCAAACCCGACUACGAGAUGGGAUCGUCCAGUCAGAUCAAACUGUCCUUCGGGAAGAAAGCAGCAAAGCCAGCAGAGAAACCUGCUCUGGAUCCAAACACGGUCAAAAUGUGGACGCUGUCAGCCAACGACAUGGACGACGAUGACGUGGAUCUGUUGGAUUCUGACGCUCUGCUGGACGAAGACGAUUUAAAGAAACCCGAUGCAGCGUCUCUGAAAGCUCCCAGCUGUGGAGAAGGAGCCGGAAAGAAGAAGAAAGCCUGCAAGAACUGCACGUGUGGUCUGGCGGAGGAGCUGGAUCAGGAGAGUAAAGCCAAACAGAAGACAAACCUGCCAAAGUCUGCCUGUGGAAGUUGUUACCUCGGCGACGCCUUCCGAUGCGCCAGCUGCCCGUACCUGGGGAUGCCGGCCUUCAAACCCGGAGAGAAGAUCCUCCUGGACGACAAGACGCUGACGGACGCUUGAAAUGUUAAACGUCUGCUGCUCCAGAUCAUUCCGUUCCUUCAUCUCGUCCUCCUGAAGAUUAAAGCCGAGAUUUCACAGCGAACGUGGUCGAGACGUUCAGAGAUCGGUGAGAAAACGACGACUCGUUGCCCAGAAGUUCACCAGAAUCACCAUCAGAUGCAGUUUAGUUUGAGAGUUUGAGGAAGAAUUAAAUGAAAACGUUCCACUUUUCCUCCUGCUGAUGUUAAAUAUGCAAAAUGUGUUGAGAUUUUAAAGGAUAAUUCUGCUGUUUUUAAACCUGGACCUGAAUUUUCCAACUUUUUGUGGCUCUAAAUGAUUAAAAAAUGUUUGAAUUUGGUCGAAUAUUGAGCAAAAACCAGCAAUAGUUCUUGUUUCCGUCCAGUCACGCCAACAGAAAAACCUUUAGAGCUGAUGAUUGGUUUCAGUGUUACUGUGAAAUAUGCAAGUUAUGAUGUGGGAAUCUAAAAGAUAAUUCAGUUGUUUUUCAGCCUGAGCCAUAAUUUUCAGUCUUUUUGAAAAUUAUGGAACACAGAUUUCAUUUAACAACUCGUAGAAAUAAGUUCAAAGUGUUGUUCCACCUUCUCAGAUUUACCUCAGAGUUUAGUUAUUUGGGACUCAAAACUAAGUUCUGUGGAAUAUCUGGGUCAAAUUUGGAUCAUUUCACAUUUUUAGAAGUUAAACUUUUGUAUUUUUACCCUAAAAUAAACCUGAAAUCUCUCAUUUUCUAAAAUGUUUUCUUUUUUUCACACGCUGCAAUUUUAACUCUUUUUCCCUCAAAAGAGUGACAGAUUUUUUGAAAUAGUUUAAUUUAGUAGUCGACAGCUAAUCAAUCGUUGCAGCUCUACAGUUUUGCCUUCUUUAAUUUUUAGAGCCAUGAAAGACAGAAAAAUAGGAAUAAAAAGAUUUAGAACGACCAGAAUUAUCCUUGAAGAUGCAGUCAUGUUUCAUCAGCAGGAACAAAAACAAUCUGUUGCCCACAAACGUUAUUUGAAGUAUUAAAAAGCACUGAAAUGCAUUUAUUGGUCUUUAUUUACAUACGGAGCCUAGUAAAGAUGAAAACUUUGGGAGAACGAUGAUUGUAAAGCAGAUUUAUUUACUCCAAAUAAACAAUUUUAACACAGUUUAGGGUGAAAAUGCUGCAGAUUUAACAGAAUUCAGAGAUGUUGUGACACCCUGUGAUGCAUUUAUUGACUGAUUUCCAACAGCAUCGAGCUUCUGGCUGUGAUAUCGGGUUAUUUUUUCUGGUUUUUGUGUCCAGCGAAGGGAAAUAAUUGGAUUAGCGGGCAUGUUGAGGCUAAAAUCUGCCUGUUAGCUCUUCAUGCUGCACAUAUAACCCUCUGUAGAUGAGGUUUGGAGUUUAAAUCACUUGUAAGAUUUUAAAAAUGAAUAAUAAUCAAUGCGUCUCAUCAUCGCUCUGUUUCCCUAAACUGCAUCGGAUGGAAGUAAAACACUGAGGGGAACCGUAAACUCUGACCUUCAUGUGUCUCCAUGGAGGAAUCCACAACAACAUGAUGUUCACCGUCUACGAUUCAGCAGCAAACUCAUGCUUAUUUAUGUAUAUAUGAAGACAAAGGAGUGUUUCUGUCGCCAUGUUUCAUGUCUUUCAAAUAAACCGAAACCAGAUUCCAAACAUG